AUGGAUGGCAACAGAUAUCUCUUUGAUGCGCUCGUUAACUUUGACUACGAGUAUGAAGUGCUGCUUCCUAACGGUAAUAACGUUGAUAUCCUGGAAGAACGUAUAACGCCUCUAGAGAAUGCCCUCGCACCUGAAAUCGCGUUCAAUCUCUCUAGCGAAUCGCCUAGGGAAUUACUAGAGGAUCCUAUUGAGCAAUUACCUACUAAUACUGACCAAGAUACUUUCGAAGAUACUUUUGUUAGCCCUCUUCCUCCGCCUACUGAUCGUUCAUUUGAAUCCGACGCCGCAGCUCGAGAGUUCCUUGAUAAUUUUACUAAGCAGUACGGCUACGCGCUUACAACCAAGAUAUUAAAACGAGAUCCCAAAGAUAAUGAGAUAUUAGUUCAGUAUUUGCACUGUGACCGCAGCGGCACCUACAAAGAUCGAGUUAGGGAAGAGAAUCGGCGCAAUCCAUACAUCCUUAUUAUGGAUUAUACUUACAAGACGAACAAGUACAAGAUGCCACUUCUAGAUAUUACUGGAGUUACGUUUACAGGCUAUACUUUCUACGCGGGAUCCGCCUUUGUGCACAAUGAGAAGCAGCCAUCAUAUGACUUCGCUAUUCGGAACUUAGCCAAGAUAUAUACCUAUCUUGCAGCCCGGCCACCACUGACGAUUCUUACGGAUAAAGAGCAGGCACUUAUUAAUGCAUGUAAAGAGGUCUUUCCUACAACUGAUAUUCUUAUAUGCCUUUCGCAUGUGAACCAGAACAUCCUUUCUAAAGCUCGUAUAUGUUUCCGCAAAGAUCUUCGAGAUAGUAUGGAUACUGCACCAGAUCCGAAGGAUAAGGAUGCUAUAAAAGCAUUUCAUGCAGAGGUCCACGCACGCUAG